CUUGGUGGGAAGAUCUGCAGAUGACGAUGAAUGUUGCGCUGGCGUCAAGCAUGGUAUCACAGCGCGUGCCGUCGCCAUCACGACGAGGAAAUCCUUCCGUAGCGGGGAGGUUAAUGAAUGGGAACAGACCGGGUUGCGCUUGGCGUGCGAGACUGUCCAAGGAGUCGCGCAUGGAUGUCCAACACAAGAUCAUCCACGUCCUUCGCCAAAUGAAGCCAAACGCGCCAGAAGCCGUGAUUGUAAAACUUCCCGGCAUGUCAACUCGCUUGGAAGAAAGUUUGUUCCUUAUGGCGCGGUCGGAGGGGGAAUACCUGGACGAAUCGACCCUUCAUCACCGGAUUGUGGACCUCCAGAACAAGAACGCGUCCAGGUUGCUGAAGCGGUCAAGUCCGUCCGGCGCGCGCGGUCUGCGCCUGAAUGACGAUCAACGCAGGAGGUUCUUUGGAUACCUCCAAGCGUGGCGCAACAAGACCGUUCUGAACGAGGGCGUUGGGCCAUGGGACAUCAUGCCAACACAAGUCCUCGCACAAGUCGCCACCAUGGCCCCGACGAGCCUACAGGAGCUCGAACAAACGUGCGGGAUGGGCUCUGCGUGGAUUUCAAAGUAUGGUCUGUCCCUCAUGCGGCACAUCGAUCACUGCCUCAAGCACCUCAAGUGUGGAACGGCUGCUCCUCCCCCGUCAUCAGCAGACACGAAGCGGAUCAAAACGUCCAAGUCGAUCGCAUCGCCUUCGAAAGGUGGCAGCCGAAUGACCCCCAUCGCACCUGCAAAGCCCCUCCUCAAACUUCCGACCGCUUCGAACGCGUUCGUACCACAACCAGCAUUCGUCCCAACUGGAUAUGCACCGGCAUCAACGUCCAUGCACGACGGUGAACAAAUGCAUGGGUUGACCACAUUCCUUCGCGGGCAACAUGCUGCCGCCGCUGCGGCGCCGCUUUUACCACGCCUCAGCGAGUCAGUGAUCUCUCCGUCGAUUGAAGCAUACGAGGAAGAGUUGGUGCGACUUCGGAUGGUGCUUCAUCAGACCCAGCAAGAUAACGCACAACUCCAUGCCGAAAUUCAGUUCCUGCGCCAGCAAGUCCAACAGCAGCACGCCGCUGACGCUGCCAUCGCUGCCUGCGAAGCGCUCGUGGCGUGCCAAACGGCGAGUGUCAACCAGCAGCCCAAGAAGCAUGGGUCCGCGCGUUGAAUGCCUUUGGAAACAACAGUCAUAAUAUUAAAUGGGUGUUUAUCUGUAAAAUACUAUACAAUACAAGAAAAGUUUCCAAA